AGAGAGAGAGAGAGAGAGGAGGGAGAUGGUGACUAAGGCAUGGAAGAUCAUUCCCAGACCUUUGCUCGAGACCAUCCUCAACAACCACGUCCAACACCACCGCGUCCCUCAACCUCUAAUUCUCCACGGCCCUCGCGGUGUCGGCAAAACCACCCUUAUCCUUGAACGUCUGCUUGAAAACUGGAAUAAGGGUCCUCAUAUCACAGGCUACGUCGACUUCGCACAAUCAAUCGAAGGCUACCACCCAAUACACGGCCAGUCAUUCCCAUGGGGCUCAUGGUUCAACUGCCCACCACCAGCUCUCCCUAACCUCCGAACCCAACUCGAAGAAACCCUCGAAUCAAUGACCCAUAAGGCAAUAAAACUCGGUACCAUUAGCUCCCACCAAAUCUUCACUACCCUCAGCAAAUGGCACCACCUCAACACCGCACUUAAACGCAUAAUUCAAUCGACUAAUAGCAAUUCUAGCUCGAAAGCAUUAUCGGAUAAGGUUUCAAGUUCGAAUCUAUGGGAUCAGGCGGUUUUCGCUCUAUCUGCUCGAGUAAAUGCCCAAGAGAUUGAGAGGCUUUUGGGAUUGGGAGAGAAGGGAAAGAGCGUGGGCAUGGACGAGGCUUCAUAUUAUAAAGAAGCAUUUGUUGCGUUGAAAUUGGCAAAAGAGGUGAUAAGGGUUCAGCAAGGGUGGAGGGCUAAUGCUAUUAAGGAAUUGAAUAGGAAGGGUGGGUUCUCUAGGUCUUUGGCGACUUCGGCAACGGAUUGGCCGUCUUUGUUGCUCGAAUUGUUAUCUGCUGCUGCUGAAAUUGAUUACUUUCAGCCGAAGCUCGUAUUAAACAAUGUCGAUGUUUUGAGGAAUGCCGUGUUAACAGAUGAUUCAACCGUCUGUGCAUCAAUGUAUCAUGAUAGUCUCAUAUGGAGAAUAAUUGCUUUGGGUGCAAAUGAGCGGUGUCUGCCUAUCAUUCUCGUGUCAUCAGAUAGCUAUUAUUCAUACCGAGCUUUUCUGGAUUUUGGAUUCCCAGACAUUUUCAUAUCCCGUGAGACCUUUGGAUGGACUCCACAAGAAGCCAAAAUGCAUAUGGUCGCUGAUUAUUUCAGUCACUCCGAGUGGAAUGUGAUCGUUGAGGUGCUAGGGCCAAAUCCACGACAUCUUUUUGAGCUUUUUGCGCUUAAACAAAGCAAUUAUUACCAGAAGUAA